UAAAAUGUCAAAAUGCCCAACGGUUCGUGCAAGAGCAAUUGAUUGUAAGCAAGGUGCAGUACGUGCGGUUCGAUAUAAUGUCGAUGGAAAUUACUGUGUAACAUGUGGAAGUGACAAAACUGUCAAAUUAUGGAAUCCAUUGAAGAGCAGUCUUCUUAAAACAUAUUCUGGAACUGGAAAUGAGGUUCUUGACGCCGCUUCAUCAUCAGACAAUUCACAGAUAGCUGCUGGUGGAGCCGAUAGAGCCUGUACAGUAUUUGAUGUAGAAACUGGAAAACAAUUGAGACGGUGGAGAACACAUGGAGCACAAGUGAAUGCAGUGGCAUUUAACGAAGAAUCAUCUGUGGUAUUCUCCGGCUCAAUGGACUGUACAAUGCAGGCAUUUGACUGCAGAUCUCGAAGUGAAAAACCUAUUCAAAUAUUCAAUGAAUCAACUGAUGGAAUUCUCUCAAUUGAUGUUAAUGGCCAUGAGAUUGUUGCUGGAAGUGCUGAUGGAAAUUACAGAGUCUAUAGUAUUAGAGAUGGAAAUAUGACAGUCGACUACAUGGGAGAUUCAGUAAACAGUGUCAGCUUUACCCCAGACAGUAAUUGCCUGUUGGCUGGAGUAAUGGGUGGAAUUGUUCGGCUUAUUGAUAAAUCUAGUGGAAAAUUGCUAGCAAGCUAUAAAGGUCAUCAAAACACGGAAUACAAAUUAGACUGCCGAGUUUUACAAUCCAUCGAGCACGUGGCAAGUGGCUCAGAAGACGGAUUCGUUUAUGUGUAUAGUCUCCUCGAUUCACACAUCGUGUCGAAACUCGAACAUCCUUCAAAAGUGAUUCAUUCUCUGACGGCUCAUCCGAAAAAAGAACGACUCAUGACUGCAGCAGGACAAAUGAUUUACUUAUGGGUUGCCGAAGAUGAUGCGGAAGUGCUCGGAGAAUAACGAUCAUGAAAUAUAUAUUUAUUUAUUUUUGGUUAAUAAAACUUAUUAUUAUGA